AUGGGAGACCGCACGCCGCGCUCGGCCGAGGGAGUGGGGGGAGCAAGGAAGUUUGCUCUACACGCGGGGGUUGUGGGCCGACGGAGAUCCAAGUCGUCUCCGCCGCAUCCACGGAAACCACAGGCUGCGUACUUGGCGGCAUUCAUCCUCCUAUGGAAGCUGAAUAACGAACUAGUUCUGUUCUCAUGGAAUGUCAUUGGCGAUGACAUUAUCCGCUACCUGAAAUCUGGUGCUUUGCUAAUUGCCAAGACCAUCGCUGUAAUCCUUCCAUUAUGGCUGUCGACAUCCCUGGCCGCAAGACAAGGGCCUGUUCCAAUGGCUGGCUAUGAGAUAAGCCUGCAAGUCUGGCUAACAAUUUCUCUACUUAAUGAUGCACUGGCUCUUGCUGGUCAGGCUCUACUUGCAAGUGAAUAUGCGAAAGGGAACUACAAGCAGGCCCGCUUGGUUUUGUACAGAGUUCUGCAGAUUGGAGGUGUCACUGGUCUUGCACUUGCUGCGACCUUGUUCCUUGGGUUUGGAUAUUUGACCUUGCUAUUUAUAGAUGAUCCAGCAGUUCUAGAUAUUGCGCAGUAUGGAGUCUGGUUUGUCACUAUUACUCAGCCGAUAAAUGCUAUUGCUUUUGUGUUUGAUGGGCUCUACUACGGUGUUUCUGACUUCGGCUAUGCCACAUACUCCACGCUUUUUGCCGGGGUCGUCUCCUCAUCCUUCCUCCUUGUCGUUGCUCCGAGCUUUGGUCUUGGUGGUGGAUGGGCUGGUCUUACUCUUUUUAUGGAUCUGCGAGCAAUUGCCGGGUUCUGGAGGUAAUUCCCUUGCUCUUGU